AUGAGUGAUACUGAAAAAAAGGACAUUGGUACAGGAUUACCAGAACCAUGGACAGUUCGUUACAGUAAGUCCAAGAAACGUGAAUAUUUCUUUGAGCCAGAGACCAAGAAAUCUCAAUGGGAGGCACCAGGCGGGACAGAUGAAGAGCAACUACAGAAAUACUUGAAGGAAUACCCCUUGCGUGUAAGAUGUCUUCACAUUCUAAUCAAACAUUCUGGUUCGAGAAGACCUGUGUCCAGUAGGAUCAAUGCUAAGAUUACCAUUGAUAAAGAGGAAGCCAUCAAGGAAUUGAAGGAGAUCCAUGAUAAAUUGACGAGUCAAGAUGACAGCAAAAAGGGCCAAUUUGAGUUAAUUGCAAAGGAGAGGUCUGAUUGUUCCUCGUUCAAAAGAGGCGGUGACUUGGGCUGGUUCGGUAAAGGUGAAAUGCAACCUGCUUUUGAGAAUGCUGCUUUUGCACUUGCGAUUGGCGAGAUUAGUGAUAUUGUUGAGACGGACAGUGGUGUCCAUAUCAUCAAAAGGGUUGCAUAA